AUGUAUAUUCCCCCCAAAAAUGAGGUGGCUUGUGAAGAUGACGUCGUUAACACAAAUAAUACUUCGGAAAAUAAUACGGUGGCUAACCAAGGAACUGUUUCUUAUAAUAAUUAUACCUUAGUGAGAGAUGAAGAUAAUAAAAAUAACACCAUAGGAAAGGAAAUAUUAACCGUAACUAUAAAUGUUUCAACGAAUAAAAAGACCGAUAAUGUAAUUCAAAAUUCUAAUCAAGAUAUUGUCGUAAGUGAUUGUCUUGAAAAUGCAGAACUGGGCAGUAAUAUCAAUGAUAACGAUAAAGUUUUUAAAUACAUUUAUAACAAAACCGAUAAAAAUGACAUAAACCAAAAGAAAGUCGGUCAUUUCAAAAACAGUUUAAAAAGAAGAAAGCGCUCAGUAAAUAAACAGACGCCUGAUGAAGAUGAAAAAGCUCACGAAAGUAAACAUGCACCUUUGAUAGUAGACUAUGAAACUUCUCAUAAGCCAAGCCAUUCAGAUUUGUCUCAAUUUAGUUCAACAGAUAAUGUCAAGAAUUCUAAUUUAAGGGUUUCUCAAGAACCAAGUCAUAUAGAAAUAGGAUUACCAACACAUAAACACAGUGUAGGAAAUGUCAUAAAAAAUUCAGACUUAGCUGAUUUUAACAUUGAAACAUUACACGAAAAGGAAGUUCAUCCAAUAAAAAAUAACUUAAGGUCUGAAAUUGAAGUCGUAGACACCGAUAAAACAAAACAAAGUAACUUAAGUAGUGAAGAAAGCAACAAAGGUGAUCGCCAAACUUUUAGAGAUAGUGAAGAAAGCGUAGAAGAUGGAGUAUAUAACGAUAGUAAUGAAAGCAGAGAAUCAAAGCGACAAAAUGACUACUCUAGUAAUGACAAACAAAGCAACAGAGACCGUCUCAGUAUAUCAGAUAACACAUCUUUUAGAGGGAAUAGUGACAAAAAAUACGACGAAUUUCCAAAUAACUAUAGGGAUAACAAAAAACCCUUUGUAUCAGAAUACAAUAAUAGUCCAAAAUCUUUCGGCGAAAGGGAAGAAAAUGACGAAAAAAUAAAGUAUCCAAAUAAUCCUUCAGACAGCCAAGAAAACUUUGAAAGUAAUGAAAAAGCCAAUUUCAGGCAAGACAAAAAAAUAUAUUCUGAUGAAUCUGAAGAAAACUACGAACCUAAAGAAAAACUGUUGCCUUUUAAUAAUGAUUCAACAUAUCAAAAAAUAGUUACAGAUAGGCCAGAAUUGGUGGAGAGUAAUGAAUCUAAUUCAAAAAGUAAAGAAAGUGAUGAAGCCGAUAGUUUUGAGGCUAGUAAAUAUUCCAAAACGAAUAGCGAAGAAAGUGCUGAAAAAUAUCAACAUGAUAGUAAACCUUACCGAAAUGAUCAAACUCAAACAAGGGUAUUUAAUAGUGAAAAGCCCUACAAUCUACCAUACAAUACUGAAAGCAGUAAUGAAAAUAAAGAUUCUAACGAAUAUAACAAAAAUGAAUCAAAUAAUCAAACUGCAUCAAAAAUACAAAAUGUAGAUUUAGGCGACUUUAGCUAUGAGAGGAUAGAAUUGAAUGACAAGGGACAAGUUGUACCAGCUAGAGAUAGUUAUGAAGAACCGCUCACACCUAGAUCAAAAAACGGCCAUAAUGAAAGUAACGAAAAACUGUCUUCAUCCAAAGAAGAUUCGAGUGGUCAUUCUGGCACAGAAAGCAAUGAAGACAAAGGGUUAGUUAGAAUUAAUGACGGAGAAAUAAAACCAGUUGUUGAAAUUAAUGGAGAUAACAAUAGUGGUGAGUUUAUCAGUAAAGAACCCAUUAACUCAAAUUUAAAAAUAAAAGAUGAGAGUCUGGAAGAAUUUCUUGAUGUAAAAGAUUUAUAUAAAAAUGAUCAAAAUGAAAAAUUGAAGAUAGAAACUAAAGAAAACAAAGAAGAUAUCAAACAGCAAGUUGAACGAAUUCCUUUAAAUUAUGAACACGAUAAAAGUAAAGGCCAAGAUGAACAUCAAUCAUUAACAACGGAAAAAAAUCUAAACUUAAAAACUAAAGUCGAAAUAAGCGAAGGAACAAUAGAAUCAAUACCAACUGAUACUGAUAAUUCUAAAUAUGAUGAGAAUUUAAAAUUUAAAUUUGAUGACGUAACUGUUUCACUUCCAGAAAUAAAAUUACCAGACGACAUCUUAACAUAUGCCUACGAAGAACCACAAUACCAGAGGCAAAAGAAACAGAAAAACAAAAAACAUGAAAAUGAUUCGAAGUUUUAUCGUUAUGGUUCAUUGAAUAGAGACGAGAAAGAUGAUAAAAACAGAAGACCACAUGAUGACACAGACGAUGAUGCCCAUAGUAAUCAUGAUGAUGAUGAUGAUGAUACAUAUUAUGGAAGAUAUAGAGAAAGAGAUAACUAUAAAAAUAAAAAUGAUGAUGUUGAUGCAGAAGAAGACGAAGAAGAUCACGCUGACUUGUAUGAAAAAUUCGUAAGGGAAAGAUUUGGCAAGCGAGGUACUUUUACACAACGAUCUGAAAACUUAAAAAAUUCUAGGCUUGUAGCAGAUCCUCAUUUGUACAAAAGAAUUAAAAACGUGCUUAAAAAAACGCAUGAAAUUGAAAAGCAGGCUCAAAAAAGUGGAGAUCCCAAUGCUGGUUACAUGUGGACCCUGGAAUAUGGUCAAAAAUUAUAA